CAUUUCUUUUCCCUUAUUGCCGUCGAUUUUGUUUCAAACAUGGCGGCAGCGGGAAGCUUUGUAGCUACAUUUCCUUCAAACGUUACUGCCUGCAACACGAUAUCAUGGUCAGACGAUAACAGAAUAGCCAUUGCCACGGACGGGGGAUUGUUUGUAUUGGAACUUUCUAUCAGACCCUUACAUGUAGAUGCAACUUGCCAUUUUCUGCACUCCAAUAUACCUCCUCCUAAAGAAGAUGCUGUCAGCUUUGUGUCUUUUGAUUUUGAGGAGUUUUCCAAAUCUUUGGAAACAGAGGAGAUUCAUCAGCUGAUGCUUGACCGGACACUGUGUCCAAAGACGGGAUGUCAGACGUCCAGCAAGGGCUACAAGGUGGUGGCCUGGUCACCCACAGGAGGGGACAUAGUCAGCAGGUGUGUGUUGGCGAGUGUGUCACAUGACCACCAGGUGUGUAUCCACACCACAAGAGGCACCAAGAAAACGUGGUCAGUGGUAGCAGAUCUGUCUCAAAUCUAUGCUGCCAAAAAUCCACUUCCUGGUGAUCUCACCUUCAGUGCUCUCCGGGAACAGACAUACAAGUUGGCGGCGAUGGAACUUUCUUGGUCUGACUGUUACCAAGGUAGCCAAGGUGAAGGCCACUUCUCCCUGCUGGCCGUCUGCAUGAAGAACGGAGAUGUUGUGUUGUGGAAGAUUCACUUGCCCUGUUUAGAACCUGAAGACUGUAAAGUUGUGAGAGUUCUCUCCCUUCACACUAGCAUCCCCACGUCCGUGUCCUGGUGCCGACAGCUGGGACAGGACAAACGAGCUGUUUUAGCGGUUGGUUACAACAGUGGAGUGAUUCACCUGAUGGACCUGACUAUCGGAGGAGGGGAGGAGGUGUCGGUCAGACCAGCAUGCCUCUACGGGGAGAUGGAUGAUCUUCGAGUCUCCUGCAUGUGCUGGAAGAAACUGAAUGAUGGUUUUAUACUGAUAUCCAGCAAGGAACAAUAUUUAUUGAUUCACAGCGUUAAAGUAGACAACAAACUGUCUUUUUCCCAGAAGGCCACAGCAACAGGAAGUCACUGGAUGGCAGGCACCGGUCUAGCCAGUCAUGACAGUAUCACAGUCCUCGGCUCUGCAGACGGAGUAGUACAGAAGGUCAUGGUCACUGAGAUGAGGAACAAAAGUGGAGAAAUUGUGGUUGAUACCAGCUUGCUACCAUUUCCUAAAGACGAUAAGUAUUCCUGGAGCUGCCAUGGCACGUCCUUGUCUCUGAAUGGCUCAUUCUGUGCGGCAGUCUUCACACCAUCGUCCAGGUUCUGCCAUUUAGAAAUGAGAGAACCAGUAAAGCUUCAAGUCAUUCACGUGGAAGAGAAGGAAAUCAUCCAUGAGUAUGCAGGGUCCUUGUGUAAGGCCGGAGACGUGUUUGAAGCCUACAGACAGAGCAUAUGUUGUGAGGUCGACCCUUUGGACCUCCUGAAGGAACAUCGCCUCAACAUCACCGACCUAAACAGUCAGCCCUUGAAGGCACUCAAGAUCUACAGAUUUUUAUUUCUGGUCUUGGAAAACCUUCUGCGAAACUCAGUUGAUGAGGAAGAAGAGGGUUUUGAGCCAAUUUCAAAGGACAUUGAAAAGUUCACAGAUGAAAUUCAUGGUCGGUUAAUUAAACAACGAUUUGAAGAUGUCAACAAAUGCAAAAGAAAACUCUCACAUCUUGAACAAAGAAUCUUGACCCACAUGUGCCAAUGGUUGGAACAAAGUACCAAGGAGACGUUACAUAAGUAUGGCGAGUCGGACACUGUCAUCAAAGUUAUGGGCCAUGUGAUGGACAUCCCACCUUCCACCUGCACCAUCUGUGAACAGAGUCUCCAGAUGGAUCACUCAAGCUGUAAAUGUGUCAAUGGGCAUACAUUUGGGGCAUGCUGAAUCUGGUGACAUUGCUGCCAUGUGACCAGAUUCCAUACAGGAAGUGCCAGACAUGUCAUGACAGUUUCCCUAUCUCCCUUGUUUGACUGCUGCCAUCAACUGGAGCAACUGAAAGACAUUACCUGGCUGGCCGCGGACCUGACCCGUUGUGCACUGUGUGAGGGGCAGCUGCUCUGAUUGGUCAACCAGUGUGUGACCGUCUGGAACUGACUGUCACGACAGCCAACUAUAAUACUGUCUGGGUCUGUCUGGUUUGGACAGUCGAUGACAUGACCAUCUGGAACUCUCUAGCCAGGACAGUCAAUGAUAUGACUGCCUGGAACUGAAGGAACAGGAACAGGCGUUGACUGUCAAUCACUGUGGUACCCCUGUGGCUGUCUAGACUCGCAAGGACUGUGGAUCAAAGCUAUCUCCAACUCUCUAGUCUGGACAGUCAAUGACAUGACAAUCUGGAACUGACUGUUGAUCUCUGAGUGACCAUCUGGAACUCUCUAGUAUGGACAGUCAACGAUAUAACCAUCUGAAACUGACUGUUGAUCUAUGUGUGACCAUCUCGAACUCUCUAGUAUAGACAGUCAACGAUAUAACCAUCUGAAACUGACUGUCCUGGACUGUUGAACAGUGUGUGACCAUCUGAAACACUCCAGUCUGGACAGUCGACCACCAUAUGGAUCACUUUCCUGUAGGUAUCCACAAUCCACACAUAACUAGAGGAUGUUCACAGAUCGGACUUCUUGUUUCAGCUCCAUACAAUCUACUGCUACUUGGAUCAACUCAGCAAGGUCGUGUGGGCUCACCAGGACACCACUGUAUCAUAUUGUGGAUGGACAAAAGAAGAUAGUCCGACUAUAUAUGAGGUUCAUUUCAGGUGGUCAGUCGCCUGGUUCAGAUCAUUUCUGAAGAGCCAUAUUUGUCUGGAAUGUGGCUGCCUGAGAUAUUAUACGUUGAACAUGCACUCACUCUUAUAGCAUGGAAUUGAUGUUCAGUGAGUUUCAAGUGUAUCCAUUUGAGAUGAACAGGUGAAGAAACUGCUAUGUCUGUCUGUGUUGAGCUGGCCUUUGGGGGAUGGUGGAGCCAAAUAGACAACCCGCUCCUGAUGCUUGUAUUCAGCCACCCUUCGUGGGGGCCAUCGAGUAAAUUUGGCUCGAAAACUUUAUCAUGUGUUUCUGUCUCUUUGUUGUUGAUGUAAUAGGGUGAGUGAGUGAGUAGUUUUAUCCCUCUUUCAGCAAUAUUCCACCAAUAUCACUUUGGGGGGACACCAUAAAUGGACUUCACACAUUGUACACAUGUGGGGUCUCGAACCCGGGUCUUCGACAUGACGAGCAGACAUUUUAACCACCAGGCUACCCCACUGUUGUUAUUGAUGUAACAGCUUCAUGCUGUCCUCAGGAACAAAAACAAAUAGGGACUUGGAAAAACGGCCAAAACAUUGACCUCGUCUUUCCUUCCUGUUGGGCUACAAUCAGGAGCUGUAAAAAGCAACAUUGUGACAAAUCCCCUUAUUCAGGUCAUGCAAUGUUGCUCACAGAAAGUCCUUGGAUGAGUGGGCGAACAGCAACUUGAUGAGGUAUAGUUCUGAUGUCUCAGUUCCAUGAGGCAGACAUAACAGGUGGUGACUCCUUAGGAAAGUCACUUUGUUCAUGGUAUGCCUCUGUUCACCCAGGUGUGAAUGCGUACCAAGUGGGAUAAAUGGUAAAGUAGCCAUUAACGUUCUGUGCCUCACUGACAGUUUGGGUUGUAUAGUCCCAGGAGCUUAGAUUAAUAUUGAGUGCAAACUGAUCCUGUGAAAGGGUAAUAAUUUUAGCAUUCCCAGUGUACAAGUCACACACACUGUCUGUCUCCAUGUCUCUGUGAUGGCUGCCUGCAUGAUAAUACUAAGAAAGUCGGCCAUAAUGUCAUUCACAGCAUUGCAGCAAGAAUGGUCAUAAGUAAAAUCUUCACAUGGCCGCUGUUCUUGAUGUAAAUUUUGCCAAUAAAGGUAUGCCCUUGCCC